CUGUACGUCGUCGAUCUCGCGGGAAGCGAGCGCGCGGACGCGCACGCCGUCAGAACCGCGAGGGCGGACGCGAUCAAGAAGGAGGGCGGCAGCAUCAACCAGUCGCUCCUCACGCUCCGUCUGUGCACUCGCGCGCCGCCGCCGCCGCCGACGCACGUGCCGUACAGAGACAGCAAACUCACGCGGAUCCUCCAGCCCGCGCUCGCGGGCCCCGGAAGAACCGCCGUCGUCGCGGCGAUCAACCCGGCGCCGUCGCAGAUGAACGAGACGCACUCGACGUUGAACUUC